AUGACAUCAUUUGGUGCGACUGAAAUCAUACGUGGGUCCUACAUGCCGACCUUCAAAAUCCAAGGUCAGGUGUAUCAUCGUCAUGGGUCUCUUUUGCCAUUGCUGGAUGCCGAUCAUGAGUUUCUCCAAAUUUAUUUUAUGGGAAACGCCGAGGAACAGGUCGAUCGACGAUGCAGUAUCCAUUCUGGUACAGAUAGGGAAAUCGUUGGUUCUUUACAAAAGCUCUUCCAUCAGUACAACAGGAUGGUGAAGCUGUUCACGAUCGCUCUGGAACGCAUGCCAGCUGAUGAUUAUGUGGUUGUCAUAAGAGCGGACAAGACGCCGGCGGGGGAACACGAAAAGCGAUACAAUGCUCCCACAAUCAAUGAAGUAGCAAUCGUGAUAGCUGGAGAGGAAUUUAAGUCCCGUGACAUAAUUCUUCAUCGCAGGAAUGGUGACCUCCAAAGAGUCUCUGAAACACAUCGUUCCUACGACGCUUUACAGUACCCGAUCAUAUUUUGGCAAGGGGAUGAUGGAUAUCACUUUAACAUCAAAAUGAGAAACGCGGUGACGGGUGAUGAGUCUGACAAGAAGGGACGUCCUCAGAGCUCGGCUUCUUUCAUAUCGAGACUUUUCUUCCAUUGGGUAACUCCGUUUGUUUGGAACGGGUAUAAACGCGAAGUAACAACCGAUGACCUGUGGACCCUCAGCGAGGAAGACAGUGUGGAGUUCCAGAUGAAGCGAUUCCGGAUGUACAUUCAGGAAGAGUUCCCGUUGGAGAAUCCAUCGAUUCGAAAGGACGGUAAGACGGGUUCGUCGCUGAGAGCUCUGGUGAAGACUUUCUUGGCUCCAUUCCUCAUCGCCGGACUGCUCAGAGUUGUAGGGGACAGCCUCAACUAUUCUGGUCCACUCAUGAUGAAGGCGCUUAUGAGGCACAUAGACAGUGACCGACCGACUUGGAUUGGAAUCGCUUACGCAGUCGUCAUGCUUCUCUCAACGGUUGUGCAGACGGUCUUCGCGCACGGUUUCUUCCAGCGCAUUUUCGAACUCGGGAUGCAUGUGCGAAUCGUUGUCAUCGCUGCCGUUUAUGAGAAAUCGUUACGGCUUUCGCCGGAGGGCCGUCGGCAGAAGACCAUCGGAGAAAUCGUGAAUCUGAUGUCAAAUGACGCACAAACUCUCCGGAACACAAUUCACACAGCACACAUGCUCUGGUCGACGCCGCUGCAGAUUCUAGCCGUAGCUACCCUCAUCUAUCUCGACCUGGGAGUUUCGGUCGGAGCCGGAGUGCUAUUCAUGACGAUUUUGCUCCCCCUCAGUGUCUGCCUUGCUUCCUCACAAAAAGCUGCCUUGGUGACGCAAAUGAAGGACCAGGACGGAAGAAUCAAAGUCAUGAACGGAAUCCUCAACGGCAUGAGGGUGCUCAAGCUGUAUGCUUGGGAGCUUGGCUUCGAGAGGGUAGUACACGUCAUCCGAUCGCAGGAGCUCUCCAAGCUGAGGAAGAUCGCCUACCUGCGGGCCUUCCUGACGAUGCUCUGGUACUUCGCGCCCUUCGCGGUGACCUUCGUGACAUUUGCCGCCUUCAUUCUCUUGAAUCGGAAUCAAUUAUUGACAGCGGAGGUUGUUUUCACCACGCUCGCCCUCUACCAAAAUUUGCGCGUACCUUUGACGAUGUUGCCGAACUUGAUCAGUAGCCUCAUUCAAGCUAGCGUUGCACUGAAGAGACUCGAUGACUUCCUGUCGGCUGAUGAGCUCAAACUUUUCUCGGCAGAUAGGCAGCCCGGCUCGACGGGCUAUACCUUGUCGAUGAGCAGCGCAACUCUUUCUUGGGAAGGCAGAGAAGCAAUCUUGAAGGACAUAAGCUUGGAUGUCACCCGAAGGGAACUGCUCGCUGUCAUCGGUCGGGUUGGAGAAGGGAAGAGCUCCCUGAUUUCGGCUAUGCUUGGCGAAAUGAAUCUGUUGAGCGGGGAUGUGGGAGCCCACGGGAGUGUGGCGUAUGUUCCACAGCAAGCCUGGUUGCGAAACGCGAGUCUCAGAGAGAACGUACUCUUCGGAAAACCUUAUGAUCAUGAGCGAUACUGGGAUAUUUUGCAACGCUGCGAACUUCUUGAGGACAUAAGCAUGCUACCCGCCGGUGACCAAACUGAGAUUGGCGAAAAAGGAAUCAAUUUGUCCGGUGGGCAGAAGCAGCGGGUCAGUAUCGCUCGCGCAGUGUACGCGGAUGCGGACAUCUACCUCUUCGACGAUCCCCUAUCUGCGGUGGACUCCAACGUGGGGGUUCGAAUAUUCUCUACGAUUAUUGGGAACGAGGGAAUUCUGAAAAUGAAAACCAGAAUCUUCGCGACGCAUGGGAUACAGUACCUCACGGAAGUGCAACGCGUAGUCGUAAUGGAGAACGGCUCCAUAUCUCGAAUCGGGAGUUUUGACGAGCUCAUGCGCUCCAAAGGUGAUUUCCGGAGCCUGAUUCUACAAAUCGGUCAAGUAUCAUCCGAUUCAGAGAAGGCUCAAGGUAAGACGUUCCGACGGGAAUCCCUUCCGGGAGAGGAGUCAGGGAUCCAGAGAAAGGAGCUGGGAAUCGGGAAAAUUGUGACGAAAGAGCACACCGAGAGCGGCAAAGUCAAACGUCGUGUUUUCGGCGAAUACCUUCGAGAAGUCGGUUUCUUCCCGGCGACGAUUGUCAUGCUGACCAUGUUCAGUGCAACAGCGUUUCAAGUCGGAUCCAGCUUCUGGCUGAACGUGUGGUCGAAGGACAAGUCCACAGAGAACGGCACCUUUAACCUGAUGAUUUUCGGAUUCCUGGGAAUCGGUCAAGCCGUCGGGCUUUUUUUCGGAGUGCUCGUCAUCUCCCUCUCGUCAUUGUCGGCAUCGAGGAAACUCCACGACAAUCUUCUCAUUUCCAUUCUGCGGGCUCCGAUGUCAUUCUUCGACACGACACCGAUCGGUCGCAUCGUCAACAGGUUCGCGCGCGACAUCGAGGUUUUGGAUACAAAUCUUCCGCAAGACAUGAGAGUUCUGGUGCAACACUUCCUCGGCCUCCUUGCGAUCCUAUUCGUCAUAUCAUACAAUCUGCCUCCAUUUAUCCUCGUAGUGAUACCAAUCGGAAUUCUGUAUUAUCUGGUUCAGCUUCUCUACAUUAGCUCAUCGCGGCAGCUCAGGCGCUUGGAAUCCACCUCGAGAUCACCGAUAUUCUCGCAUUUCGGUGAAACACUCCAAGGGUCCUCGAUCAUCCGGGCCUACGGUAGAACCGAGGACUUCAUACGCGAGUCGAAUGAGAAGAUCAACUUGAACUCCCAAUGUUACUACCCUCAAAUAGCAGCCAACAGAUGGUUGGGGAUACGGUUGGAUCUCUGUGCUUCUUGCGUGAGUUUCGCGACUGCUCUGUUUGUCGUGCUGUCACGAGGAGACAUCGACGCAGGUACUGCGGGAUUGUGCUUGGCGUAUGCUUUCCAGGCAACGACGAGCUUGAAUGCCUUCAUAAGAUCAAGCGCCGAUUUAGAAGUCAACAUCGUCUCCGUGGAGAGGCUGUCGGAGUACAUAUCUCUAGAGAGCGAGGCCGACUGGACCACGGACAAGUCCCUCGAAGGCUGGCCAACGGGAGGAGCCGUUCAAUUCGAGACUUAUUCCGCCAGGUACAGAGAAGGUAUACCUCUCGUGGUUCGCGGCAUAAACUUCGAGAUCGAGGCCGGUGCAAGAGUGGGUAUUUGCGGACGGACCGGCGCGGGGAAAAGCUCAUUAACUCUUGCACUCUUCCGGAUCAUUGAAGCUUCUGAAGGGAGAAUAGUCAUCGACGACAUCCCGAUAGCGGACAUCGGUCUCCAUGAUCUACGGAAGAAGCUCUCGAUCAUUCCACAAGAUCCUGUAUUGUUCUCCGGAGCUCUGCGCUUGAACCUCGACCCGUUCGGAGCUCACAAAGACGAAGAACUGUGGCACGCCAUAGAGCACGCUCACCUGAAAACAUUCUUCAGUCAACAAGAGAAAGGCCUUGACUUCGAGGUUAUCGAAGGCGGCGAGAAUCUCUCGGUCGGGCAACGUCAGCUCGUUUGUUUGGCAAGAGCACUCCUGAGGAAAAGUAAGAUAUUGGUGCUGGACGAGGCGACAGCUGCCGUUGACGUCGAGACCGACUCUCUCAUUCAAGAGACGAUCAAGACAGAGUUCGCUUCUUGCACGAUAAUGACAAUCGCACAUAGAAUCAACACAAUCAUGAAUUACGACAAGAUUCUCGUGCUGGACGCUGGUGAAGUCCGAGAGUACGAUUCCCCGGAAAACUUGCUCGCUGAACCAUCCUCAUUAUUCUCAGCGAUCGUCAGGGACUCGAAAAGCAAAAAGAAUUCAGAGCGCGAUGCGAAUUUAUGA